UGGGAAGAGAGGCACGAGGGUGGCGUGCGUGCGUGCGUGCGGAAAAAAGGAAGCGGUGCCUGUAAACGGCGAACUCGCUGCUUUCCUCUCCAAUCAACCAGCAGCGACGGGUUACUUUUAGUUUUUUUUUCUUUUUUUUUUUUCCUUCUCUCUCUCCCUCUGUCUUCCCUCUCCCCACCCCCCGUUCUCGUCGUCGAUGAAACGGCGAGUAAGAACACUUCGGACCGGGCUUGGGGGGGGGAGGAGGUACCGCCGAACCCCGCACUCGCUCGUCUCAGCCCAGCUCGCCUCGCUGCCUUCGGACGUAGGAGCGAGGUGAAGCCGUCUUUUGUUGGAACAAGUGCCGCUCGCUUCGCAGCUCCUCUCCUGCGUGUGGCCAGUGGGAGUUUAUUCAUGUCCAAAAGAAAACCAAGUGUGUUUCGUGCUUGCUUCAGCGAGUUCGUUGGGUCAUCCCGGGCGAGGAUUUAAAGAACUUAUUUGCACCGGGACUCCCCGAGAAUCACCAGACUGGCGGCUCUUCUGAAACACUGGGAUUGUUGGUGUGGCCAAAUUUUCCCUGGAUUUGACAAGUAAAUUCAGAAGACUGAAGCCCAGGCUCACAGUCUACCUUUCACGGAGGCCCAGCCGUGAGAGGACUGAGGAAGGCACGUGGCGGAUCAUGACGGCUGACAAAGAGAAGGAGCGGGAGAAAGAACGGGACAGGGACAGAGAUCGGGACAGGGACAAGAGGGAGUCCGGGAAGUCCCGCCGGCAAGACGGGGAACGGGGCGAAAGCGAGAGCUCCAGGCCCAGGCGCAGUUGUACCCUGGAAGGUGGCGCCAAGAACUAUGCAGAGAGCGAACACAGCGAGGAUGAGGACAACGACAACGGCAGCACAGGUGGAGGCAGUGGCACGGCCGAGGAGGCCGGCAAGAAGGGCAAGAAAAAGAUGCCCAAGAAGAAGUCCCGCUACGAGCGCACAGAGAAUGGCGAAAUCACGUCGUUCAUCACAGAAGACGAUGUUGUUUACAGACCAGGAGAUUGUGUGUACAUAGAGAGUCGCAGGCCCAACACUCCCUACUUCAUUUGUAGCAUUCAAGAGUUCAAACUGAGUAAACGGGACCAUCUGCUGAUGAAUGUGAAAUGGUACUACCGCCAAUCAGAAGUGCCCGACUCUGUCUACCAGCACCUGGUGCAGGAUCGCAACAAUGAGAAUGAUUCCGGACGUGAGCUGGUUAUCACAGACCCUGUGGUCAGGAGUCGAGAGCUCUUCAUUUCUGACUAUGUGGACACUUACCAUGCUGCUGCUCUCAGGGGGAAAUGCAACAUUUCACAUUUCUCUGACAUUUUUGCUGCCAGGGAGUUCAAAGCUCGCAUUGACUCCUUUUUCUAUAUCCUCGGAUAUAACCCAGAGACUAGGCGGCUAAACAGCACUCAGGGGGAAAUCCGGGUGGGCCCCAGUCAUCAAGCCAAGCUUCCAGAGCUGCAGCCUUUCCCCUCCUCUGGUGGUCAGGCAGUGACGGAGAAUGAGGAGCUGGUUUGGAUGCCAGGGGUCAAUGAUUGUGACCUUCUCAUGUACCUCAGAGCCGCAAGGAGCAUGGCCGCCUUUGCAGGGAUGUGUGACGGAGGCUCAACAGAGGAUGGAUGUCUAGCAGCCUCUCGAGAUGACACUACAUUAAACGCACUCAACACUCUUCAUGAGAGCAGCUAUGAUGCUGGCAAAGCUCUCCAGCGGCUGGUGAAGAAGCCGAUACCAAAGUUGAUAGAGAAGUGCUGGUCCGAGGACGAAGUGAAACGCUUCAUUAAAGGCCUGAGACAGUUCGGCAAAAACUUCUUUAGGAUCCGGAAGGAGCUCCUACCAAACAAAGAAACGGGCGAGCUGAUUACCUUCUACUACUAUUGGAAGAAGACACCAGAGGCAGCCAGCUGUCGAGCCCAUCGCAGACAUCGCCGCCAGCCCGUCUUUCGGCGCAUCAAGACACGAACGGCUUCGACUCCUGUCAACACUCCUUCCCGUCCACCCUCUAGCGAAUUUUUGGACCUCAGUUCAGCCAGUGAGGAUGACUUUGACAGCGAGGACAGUGAACAGGAACUGAAGGGCUACGCUUGCCGCCACUGCUUCACUACCACCUCCAAGGACUGGCACCACGGGGGCAGAGAGAACAUCUUGCUGUGCACAGACUGCCGCAUUCACUUUAAAAAGUACGGUGAACUGCCUCCCAUUGAAAAGCCCGUGGACCCGCCGCCAUUUAUGUUCAAACCCGUCAAAGAGGAAGAGGAUGGACUCAGCGGGAAGCAUAGCAUGAGGACCAGACGGAACCGAGGCUCGAUGUCAACGCUACGUAGCGGUCGUAAGAAGCAAACAGCCAGUCCCGAUGGCCGAGCCUCGCCUAUCAACGAGGACCUGCGCUCCAGCGGACGUACUUCGCCCAGUGCUGCGAGUACUGACAGCACCGACAGCAAGACGGACACCAUGAAAAAGCCCAGCAAGAAGAUUAAAGAGGAGGCUCCUUCACCCAUGAAGAGUGCCAAACGGCAGCGAGAGAAAGGAACUUCAGACACAGAGGAACCCGACAGGGCUGGCGCCAAAAAGUCCAAAACACAAGAGCUAAGUCGACCAGACUCACCCUCCGAGUGUGAGGGAGAAGGGGAGGGCGAGGGCGAGGGCGAGAGCUCCGAUGGCCGCAGUAUCAACGAGGAGCUUAGCAGUGAUCCGAAGGACAUUGACCAGGACAACCGCAGCUCUUCUCCCAGCAUCCCCAGUCCCCGCGACAACGAGAGUGACUCGGACUCUUCUGCCCAGCAACAGCAGCUGCUGCAGAGCCAGCACCCUCCGGUCAUCCAGUGUCAGCCAAGCACCUCAUCAGCUGCUCCUUCUGCCCCACCGCCGCCGCCUCCCACAGGCUCGGGCCCUUCGCUGCCUCCGCAGGUCUCCCCCACAGCGGCGUCCGCCUCUCUGACGCCUCAGCCUCUUCCUCAAGCAAGCCCCAUGGCUCUCAUCCAGUCAGGAGCCUCCCUCCAUCCUCAAAGGCUUCCCUCUCCACAUUCACCCCUGACUCAAGCUCCGCCGCCUGGUCCCCCGGUACCCCCUGCGUCAUUACCCAGCUCGCAUCACGGCCCCUCGCCUCCCAUGCCGCACCCGCUGCAGCCUGGCCCCCCUCACAUGCCUCACCCGCUUUCAAUGCCUGUCCAGGGCUUCCCCGUCAGUCAGUCUCAGGUCCCACCGAUAUCUGGCCAGUCACAAGCAAGGCCGCACACCCCGCCCUCACAGUCAUCUUCUCACAGUGGAGGACAGCCUCCCCGGGAACAGCCACUCCCACCGGCACCGAUGUCAAUGCCUCACAUCAAGCCCCCGCCGACCACACCUAUCUCGCAGGUACCCACGCCACAGUCCCACAAACACCCGCCGCAUGUGUCCGCACCUCCGUUCCCGCAGAUGCCUUCCAACCUGCCUCCACCUCCUGCCCUCAAGCCCCUCAGCUCUCUCUCCACCCACCACCCCCCGUCGGCACACCCACCUCCCCUUCAGCUCAUGCCUCAGGGGCAGCAGCUUCAGCCUCCCCCAGCGCAGCCUCCAAUUCUCACCCAGUCCCAAAGUCUCCCUCCAUCAUCCAGCCACCAGCCUCCUUCAGCUCCUCCACUACCAUCCUCUGCUGGGGCAUCGCACCCCAACGGGCCACCACAGCUCCCCUUCUCCGCUCACCCUUUCAGUGCAGUUCUACCUCCAACUGGCCCCUCCGUGUCCUCGUCAAACUCUAUGCCGGGCUUACAACCCGUGUCUUCCUCCGUCCCGCCCUCCUCCAUCUCCAUGCCGCUCCCCGCGUCCGUCGCUUGCGGUGGCCUGGGCACGGGUCUCCCGCCCGUGCACAUCAAAGAGGAGCCGCUGGACGAGACGGAGGAGCCGGAGAGCCCCCCGCCCCCGCAGAGGAGUCCCUCCCCCGAGCCCACUGUCGUCAACACGCCAAGCCAUGCCAGCCAGUCCGCACGGUUCUACAAGCAUCUGGACCGCGGUUACAACUCGUGCGCUCGGACCGAUUUCUACUUCACUCCUUUGGCCUCGUCCAAACUGGCCAAGAAACGAGAGGAAGCUGUGGAGAAGGCCAAGAGAGAAGCAGAGCAGAAAAUUCGGGACGAGAAGGAAAGAGAGAGGGAACGGGAAAAGGAACGAGAGCGAGAGCGGGAACGGGAAAAGGAGGCCGAGCGAGCGGCGAAAGCCUCGUCGUCGGCCCACGAGAGCAGAAUGGGCGAACCGCAGAUGGCCGGCCCCGCCCACAUGCGUCCCCCCUUUGACGGCCCGCCCACCACUAUUGCAGCCGUGCCUCCGUACAUCGGCCCCGACACCCCUGCCCUGCGCACCCUCAGCGAAUACGCCCGACCUCACGUCAUGUCCCCCACCAAUCGAAACCACCCCUUCUUUGUGUCCCUCAACCCCGCAGACCCGCUGCUGGCCUACCACAUGCCCAGCCUGUACAACGCCGACCCGGCCAUGCGGGAGCGGGAGCUGCGAGAGCGGGAGAUGCGCGAGAGGGAGAUACGCGAGAGGGAGCUGCGGGAAAGGAUGAAGCCCGGUUUUGAGGUCAAACCUCCCGAAAUGGACACACUCCACCCUUCCACGAACCCCAUGGAGCACUUUGCCCGGCACGGGGCCAUCACGUUGCCCCACAUGGCCGGCCCUCACCCCUUCGCCUCCUUCCACCCGGGCUUGAACCCGUUAGAGCGUGAGCGGCUGGCCCUCGCCGGGCCCCAGCUGCGGCCGGACAUGAGCUACCCAGAGCGGCUGGCGGCGGAGAGACUCCACGCCGAGCGGAUGGCCACCAUGGCCAACGACCCCAUCGCCAGGCUCCAGAUGUUCAACGUCACGCCGCACCACCACCAGCACUCGCACAUCCACUCCCAUCUGCACCUGCACCAGCAAGACCCGCUUCACCAAGGUGGUGGUGAAUGUCUUGUGUGUCCUCCAGGUUCCGGGGCCCACCCCCUGGCCAUAGACCCCCUGGCGGCCGGACCGCACCUGGCUCGCUUCCCUUACCCGCCUGGCGCCAUCCCCAACCCGCUCCUCGGCCAGCUGCCGCACGAACACGAGAUGCUGCGUCACCCGGUCUUCGGUAGGCACCCGGCCAGUCUCGUCAAAUGCGCGGCGGUGCAUUUCCGGUUGAAUUUAUCUUUGCUUUGCGCAGGAGCUCCAUACCCGCGGGACCUACCCGGAGGUCUGCCACCCCCCAUGUCGGCCGCCCACCAGCUGCAGGCCAUGCACGCCCAGUCGGCUGAGCUCCAGAGGCUGGCCAUGGAGCAGCAGUGGCUGCACGGGCACCAUCACAUGCACGGAGGCCCACUGCCCGGUCAGGAGGACUACUACAGCCGACUGAAGAAAGAGAGCGACAAGCAGCUGUAACAGGCCGAGGGAGGCGGCAGGAACUUGUGAAGAAUGCAAAAAGGCCAAGUGGAUCCAAUUCUUAUUCUUCAAAACUGGUUUUUUUUCCUCCCAGGACAUUUCUUUGGUAUAUAGCCAGUAAAAGUGACACAACUUCCUGAAGACUCCUGCAUGACAAGCUUCCUUGACAUUUUAAUUAUUUUUUUUUUUUUUUUGGGGUAGGUGCUAGAACAAGAAGACACACUGUGCUUAUCCAAAAAACAAAACGUGGCCGCUUAUGGAAAGAUAACAAGUGCUAUCUUAAAUUCAACAUUUAUUUUAAUACAUUGUUGGAGCUUUUUUUUUUUUUAAUCAUCAUUUUAAGAAGAGCUACCGCAUGGAGUUUUUUGGGGAAUUUGUAAAUAGUAUAUAUAAACAUAUAAUUAUUAUAAUUAUUAUUAUUACUAGGUGUGGACAAACAAGUCGUUUCAACUUCAGCUGCAGUUGUGUUGAUGCAUUAUCCCUUGUUUCAGAGGGGAGCACCAUGGCAUUAUUAUUCUUAUUAUUUGAGCCAUUUGAGUUGUGACCUUGGUCUGACAUUGCCGUGUUAGAUUUAGUCCCACGUAGCCCACUUGAUGACCGGCACCCCCCCGCCCGGCCCGAACCCGAAACCUGUCACACCCACUCAUCACACACCAGCUUUUUCAGAAUGUGUCAGCGCGGCUUGUUGACGUUUUGUGACUUGAAACACUUGAAGCUUGGGUUCACAACUAAAAAGAACAUUUGCACUGAAAUUGAUUUUUAUCCUUCUGCCGCGUCAUUAUUUAAGCCAAAAACAUCUAAUGACCUUUUAUCAUGUCUGAUUUUAAAAAUGUUUUCAACAAUUUGGAUAGCGGUAGAAUUUUAGUUUUUGUUUGUUUAGUUGUUUUUGUUUUUUUACGCUUGGUGAAUUUGGAACAACACCACCGGAGCCCAACAGGACCUAUUAAUGAUGGCGCCCUCUCCCGUCAUGUUCACUGUGACCUGCCAACAUGCGACCACCAGGAAGUGUGUGCGUGUGUGUAUGUUUGCGUAUGUGUCACACCCGUGUGCGGUUCAUGUUUUCCAACUCAAAUGCACGGAGACUGUUUGACUUGUCAUGGAUCUCGACACAACUGUGGCUUAUUCAUUUUUGUAUUAUUUUCAUUUUGCCAAAUGAAGAAACUGUACUCGCAUUUAAAUGACCAUGUCAUACUUCCUCAGAGCACUAUUUUUAUGUUGUUGUUUUGCAAGCGGAAAGUCUUCUGACCUUCCCUUUCUGACGCACUCUUCAUCCUCCUGUCCCUCCCCGAGCGUCCUUCUUUGCCUUUCCCGCCCCCUUUUUUUGUGUCUCCAAACCUUUGGUGUUCAGUGUUGUCAAUGGUUUAGCUUCUCGUUUCAAAGCGGCAGCAGCAGAAUGUCCGUUCUGACUGCCGAGAUUUCUAUAUAUACUGGUAUCUUGAAGCUUAUUGUAUAUAUGAGUAGUCACCAUGGGAUGACACAAUGUAAACAAAAAGUAGAAAGAAUAAGAAAAAAUUGUGAGUUCUGUGUUCUCUCCAUUUGAGUAUUUUGUAAUUUUUUUGAAAAAUUUGUGGAAUUAAAAUAAACGACUAAGUUACACCACAA